AUGUACUGGGCAAGUGGAAUUGCAAAAGCUUUAGAAGUUCGUUGGCCUGAUUUUUCUUAUUUUAGCGAAACAGAUUCGAGUAAUUCCAUUGAUUCAUCAGAGUAUGAAGAAGAGUUAGUAGAGGAUACCGCGCAUAAGCUCUCAGUUUCUGUAAAGGAUCCCUCAAAAAAAAUUAUAAAAUUAAAACGUAAUAAAAGCGGAAAUUUAUUUGUUACCAUUACAAAAGAAUCGAUUCAAUUAUGGAUUUUUAGGCCUACAGCUUUAGUAUCACAAGUCACUAGAACUGAAAAAUCACUCGCAGAAUAUGGUGAAAACAAUGAUGUUUAUUGGAAACCAGAUGGGACUCUUAUCAUUGUUCAGACAGAUCAAAAUUGUUUAUUUACAUAUAAUGUCAUGCCAUUGGAUGAUAAAAGUUAUAAAUAUCAAUUUGGCAAUGUACCUCAUCAUUAUACUACUGGUGUUGGUGAAGGCAACGGAAUAAAAACAUUUUUAUUAAAAUUCAGAAUGACGAUUAGAAUUGAUGCUGGUAUGAAUGCUGGCUUAGGAACUGAAGAAUAUCUAAUUGUUACUACAAAAAAUCCCACUGCUAUUCAAUGUAUACCUUGGAAUGGAGAUCCAAGUGCAACUAAAACAAACAUUUUAGCCAGACUGGAAUUUUUGGAAAAUAAAAAAUGUUUUCGCGAAAAGAAAACUUUUACUGAGCUACUCGAAAAUGCCUCAUUAAAGUACACUGGCUUACAAACAGGCGAUUUUCCAGAUAUUUAUGUGACAUGUCAAUUAUUUGGCGGUAAUAAACCACUUACAAUACCCGUUCGAACUUCUUAUAAAUCAUUUCAGAAUCAUUGGUUGUGGAGGAAAUUUUGUAGUUUGUUAUUUGUUAAAAAAGAACAUUUUGUUUUAGAUUCUGAAUACUUGGAAAGUAAUACUUUUGUGGAUGUUGAAUGGUACUCUAAAUAUGAAACUAUUACUCAAAUGAUUGUACUGCAAUCUUCUCAAAAAAUUGCAGAAGAUAAUGAGAUGGCUAAUCAUCAUAAAGAAUUUUGGGAAGUUGGAGCUACAGAAAAAGAAUUAUGG